AUGCCAGGUAUGACCUUCAUGCAUGGUCCGAUAUCUAUCAAACACAAACCAGUACUUGACAUUGAGAACCGAUAUUUAUCGGGUAUGACUCUAUGCUUAUCAGACAUAAUUCCACGAACAUCACACAUGUGGCUCAGAUCAAUACCAGAUCACAUGGUUCUGUAUCUCACAAAAUGGCCAGUAUCGUUCAAGAUAAAUGUGGAAAAAGAUGAAAUGCAACUGAAGGACAAUUUGCAUCAGGGUUUUGUUGAGCUGUGUAACGACGGCGAAACAAGCUCGUUACGGAUAUUUUAUUUGGAACACGGAGAAGGACGUCUGGAAAGGGAAUGCACACAAAUAAGUGGUCUAGAACGAGCGGAAGAUUGCAGCAGUUUAGUAUUUCGGAUCUGCAGACUUAAAUCAGGCAUUGAUUGCAACGAAUGCAUUUGUUGUAAGGAUAUAGCCAGUAAUCGAUUAUCAGCACGUGACAAUCAUCAUCAGCAAUCAGUAGUUCAAAAGCGGACAUUGGUUAAACAGUUGUCAAAAUUCCAGCAGAUAAGCGUGACACACCAAGCUUAUGUUGCCAGGUAUGCUCCUCCAUAUGUACUGUUAAUGCCGAAUCGUCCACAAAAGUUGAUGGAAUUGGGUGACCUGAUAAAGUGGAAGAAUAGCAGAAAGGUUGUCCCGCAGCAUGUGAAGAACUGGAAUCAAAAAAGAAAACCAUUCACUUCUACUGAAAUUUAUCUGUGUUCUCCCAGUAAAAGAUUUACUCAUGAACCUCAAAAGGAAGCCAACAGUAUUUUGUUGGAUCCUCUAACCAAGCAGCACCCUGAGGAACCCUUGAAAGAAGGAGUAUUAGAAAUAAAUAAUAUAACUGUAAAAAGCAAUAGUCUGGCAAAGAAAAUUACCAAUCUGGACGAUGCUUUUUCAUACACCCAUAGCAGACAAUCUACAUCUGAUCUCUCAAAGAGUUUUGAGCGGUUAUCGGCAGGAACAGAUGCAGUUUCACCGAAAGGGUAA